UGGGAGGAGCGAGGCUCGUCUUUAUCAGUGAGACAGCGCCGCUGCUCGAGCGCUAUAGUGACCGUCAGCCGCGCGCUCUGUUUGUACACACAAUCACCGUUUGAUCGGGACCCGCGCGGAGUCUCUCCGUUAUCUCACAUCGCACCACUGCAGCAGAAGGGCAAGAGAAACUCCUCCAGAGGAUCACUUAUAUCUCCGCUGACCUUUCUGGAAGAAAAAAAACGGACUUAACUGACACCUGUCUUAGGAGAUACCUACUCGAAUAGAUUGGCGUAUAACUUAGCGGGAAAAAGAAGUUUCCUGUCGGUGUCGUUGCACGUUUUUAACCUUGGAACUCGUAACGUUACCUGCUGUUGGUGAGAAUGGGACCGUUCCUCGUCUCCAUCGCCCUUUGCCUACAGCUCGCUGUCCCGCAUCUCGUCCAAGCACAUGGUGAGGAUCCAACUUCAGCAGGACCGUGCCAUCCAAAUCCCUGUCACAAUGGAGGCACCUGUGAAAUCAGUGAAACAUACAGGGGGGACACAUUUAUUGGAUAUGUCUGCAAGUGCCCACCAGGCUUCAAUGGAAUCCACUGCCAACACAAUGUUAAUGAAUGCGAAAGGCACCCUUGUAAAAAUGGGGGUAUCUGCACAGAUCUGGUUGCAAACUAUUCCUGUGAAUGCCCAGGGGAAUAUAUGGGAAGAAACUGUCAGUACAAAUGUUCUGGUCCACUGGGCAUGGAAGGUGGAAUAAUCUCCAACCAGCAGAUUACAGCCUCCUCCACUCACCGAGCUCUCUUCGGACUUCAGAAAUGGUAUCCUUAUUUUGCCCGGCUGAAUAAGAAAGGUCUGGUGAAUGCUUGGACUGCAGCCGAGAAUGACAGAUGGCCCUGGAUUCAGAUUAAUCUCCAGAGACGGAUGCGGGUGACAGGAGUGAUAACCCAGGGAGCCAAGCGCAUCGGGAGCCCUGAAUAUGUUAAGUCGUACAAAGUGGCCUACAGCAAUGACGGAAAGACGUGGAGGACGUACAAAGUCAAGGGCACGGACGAAGAUAUAAUUUUCCGUGGAAAUAUUGAUAACAACACCCCAUUUGCCAACUCCUUCACCCCUCCAAUCGAAGCUCAGUAUGUGAGGAUAUACCCUCAGGUGUGCAGGAGACACUGCACUCUUCGUAUGGAGCUCCUGGGCUGUGAGCUCACAGGGUGUUCUGAGCCGAUGGGGAUGAAGUCUGGUCACAUUCAGGACUACCAAAUUACAGCUUCCAGCAUCUUCAGAACUCUCAACAUGGACAUGUUCACCUGGGAGCCUGGUAAAGCAAGACUGGAUAAGCAAGGGAAGGUCAAUGCCUGGACAUCUGGACACAGCGAUCAGUCUCAGUGGCUGCAGGUUGAUAUGCUUCGGCCAACUAAAAUCACAGGCGUCAUAACCCAGGGGGCUAAAGACUUCGGACAUGUUCAGUUUGUUGGAUCCUAUAAGGUGGCCUACAGCAAUGAUGGCGAGAGAUGGCUUAUAUAUCAGGAUGAGAAACAGAAGAAGGACAAGGUCUUUCAAGGAAAUUUUGAUAAUGACACCCACAGAAAAAAUGUUAUAGAUCCUCCCAUCUAUGCUAGAUUCAUCCGAGUCCUGCCCUGGUCUUGGUACGGAAGAAUCACUUUGCGUGCAGAGUUACUUGGAUGCACAGAAGAAGAGUGAAGACCCCUGUCCAAUUUUUCCUUUGUUCCAUAUUCAAUAUAAACUGAGCUUAAACAUGUACAUUUUAAAUGGGUUUCAGUAGAAUUUUUUAUUUUUUAAUAUUUGUUUUUUGUGUAUUUUCUUUUUUUUAGUCAGUGGGUUUUAAAUUAAUUCCAUUCAUAUUUUCCCUUCCUUGCUUUUUUUUUGUCAAUUUUGUGCAAUUUAUUAAACUUAUUUUUUUCUACUUUUUUAUUGUUGAUGAGCUAAAUGAAUAGUUGGGGUUAUUUCACUGUGGUUUAAGCAGUGGAACAAUAGCCACUGUACAGUGUCACUUUAAAUAUGACAUGCAAUGCUUCUUGGACCAUAAUAGAUCAAAUCACAACACAUUCAUAAAAGACUAACAUCAAUAUGUAAAAUAUGUUUCUACUUUUAUUUUAAUAGCAGGCCUGACUGAAGUUAAAUCACAGCCACAUCACUGGCAUUUCUACGUAGACAAAAAUAUGAUGGUAUUGUAUUAUAUGUAAGACGCAAAAUAAGUGCAUGACGCAUACAUGAUAGUAUAAGACAGCAGGAUGUAUGUUCCAUUUUUUUUUCUCAAAUAAAGCAUUUUGUCAAUAAUUUUAUUAUUUCACAAUUUUAUCCCUGAAUAAAGUCCCUGGGGGUACAUUCCUUAUAAUGUAAUAAUGUCCCAUGAGCUAAAUAAAAUGAAAAUGAUUACUGCAGUAAUGUAACCACUUAUAAGACAUGAACCUUAAAGGAACAGUGUAUGCCAGAACAAAAAAUGUGUCAUUUACUCAACUUUCGCAAAAGGACUUAAAUGUACAAUGUGGGUUUUUAGCAACAUCUAGUAGUAAGCCUGUGAAUUGCAACCAGCCUCAAUUUCAAAACGCAAUGAGAAGCUACUGUAGCUGCCACAGGACCAAAAUGUUGUUUGAGACCACGUAGGGACAAAACUCGCUCUGUUUGUCUGUUUAAGGCUACUGUAGAAAUAAAAAAAACCCCGCAGUGUAUGUAGAUAAAACAGCUUAUUCUAAGAUAAUAAAAACAAUACAGUUCAUUAUGUAAGGUCUUUGUACACCACUGAUAAUACAGUUAUGUAUAUUAUAUUGCAUUUUUGUCAAGAGAUCCAUCUAAAAGUUACACAGUGCACCUUUAAUUCAUGCAGUUGAAGUAAACAGUGAUCAAGCCUGUCAGUUUAGUCUGUAAGGGUGUGUAAAUUAUGAUCCCAUCAGUUACUAGAAAAAAAGACAAUAUACAGGCAGUUUGUAACUAGACAAUUUUAUUAAAAUUAAGUCUUAGGCUUUUUGAUGUAUGCAAUAUUGUUUACGAUUUUCAGAUAUAUUGGUUUACCAGGCUUUUUACUGUCCAUACUACUGUAUUUUUUCUUGAUUGUAAAAACCUCAGGUUGGAUCUGAUGAUUUUAAGUGCUUACAAACAUACAAAUAAUUCUAACUUUAUUAAAAAUAAAAAAUCCCUUUGAAAUAUCCCACAUUUUGCUUGUUAGAAAAUAUAAAGGAAUAUGAACACAAAAAUGCAUAGUAUGGCCUACACAUAAUGGGAUUAUUAAUUUUCCCUUUGAAAAGGAACUAUUAAAUAACUGCUUUCAUGUAUAAAGAACAUUAGAUACAGAUGUUUAUACAGCUGUUGUUUUUAAUUCAAAUAUAGUUAUUAAUUUAAAGGUUGAUCACCAUUGGUUUGUGAAAUCACUGGAAUGCGUAAUUUAAUUUGCUACUCUAAUGGAACUGAAGAAACUAAAGUGCCAGUGGUAUUGUCACAUAAAUAAGGCGAGUAAAUGUGUGGGGUGCAGCGUUAUUUGUACAGUCUUCUACGUGACAUUAAAAAAAGAGAAAAUUUAACAAUGUCCAAAAUGUAAUGACAUGAAAUCAGCAUAAUAUCAUACAGUAGUAUCAGCAUAGACAUCACGUAACAUAUAUUUUCUAACGGAUAAAUGUUAGUAUCAAAUAUGUAUAUGUUUAUCAUGAUUAUUGGCAUAUAUGGAGGUACAGUAAUUCUAACAUUUAUUCUAACAUUUCUCUGUGUCUGUGAGAUGAUUCUCUAACAUUGUUCAGAUAACUUGUGUGCUCAUUAAACAGUUUUGUACAGACCUUUUGAGGGUGACUGUCUAUGAAGCAAAAAAGUUAAAAAUAUGUAUAUUGGUGGGGCUGAUAAUCCAGCAUUUCCAUUACAUGUGCAGUGAACAGUGAUUGUUUAGAAACAAAAAUAAAGAGCUAAAGUUACAAGAAUAUGACAGUGUUUUAGUGUUACAUUUUACUAAGAAUUGUGUAAUUUCAAGAAUAAAAUGAUGUUUUGAGAAUAAAGUUAUAAUAGUUGUAAUAUUAAAGGGUAAGAUUACGAGAAGUCGUAAACUGCAUAAUGUUGUGUGAGUAAAAUGUGUAGAUUGUGAUUCUAUUCUUUAAACAUGAAACUUUUAUUCUUGUAAUGUAAUUAUUAUUAUUAUUAUUAUUAUUAUUAUUUGUCUUUUUAUAUGUUUAUUUUAUUUUAACUUGACACUAAAAUUCUGUCAUAAGAAAGACUCGGUGGGCCACACACAUUUUUGGUUUUGUGUUUUUUCAAUGCUGUCAAAUUUUACAACAAAACUGUCAUUUUUUUCUUUUUGUUAAUUCAAUGUCAAGUAAGUGCUGUAUGGUAAAGCACACUGAUUAUACACAAAUAAGUUUAAGUGAAGUGUACAAAGGAGGAUAGCCAUUGCUACCACUAUAGACGGCUCCCUGAUUUGACAAAUAAAAAAACAUCUGUGAAAAAGG